AUGACUCAACGUAGACGAAGUUUUAUUGCUGAAAAAACUUUUUGGGAUUACUCAGAUGCGCACCCAAAGCUGCUCGAGACCAUGAAGACGCUGUGUUGGAAACGCUUGACUGACGACACUCGACUGAUCUUUUACCGGGAUAUAUACCUGCACGCGAAGGAGCGUUUUCAUAAGGAGGAAGCUCGUGUUCGUAUUGAAAAGGCACUAGAUAUUUGGAAAACUCGGGAACCUCGUCACAGAUUUGCACGAUGGAAGAGGUUCGUAGCCUGUCGCAAGUUAAUGCGAAGGGGUGACGCGCAGUUCCGAUUUUGCUCGAAGGUAAAAUUGGUGAGGAGAUUCAGACAAAACCAUCAACGACGUCAAGAAAUGCACGCGAUGGUAUUAGCGGCAGGGAAACAACGAAACUCCUCGCUCCUGCGCUUUACUUUCAGACCAUGGGCGUUGUUUUGGCGCUCUCUGCAGCUCAUGUAA